AUGUUGAAUCGUUUUGCAGCCAUGACUGACGUCGUCCACGAAGCUGGGGUUGUUGCAGAUCCCACCCAGAUCGAUGUUAAGCUCUUUAACCGCUGGAGCUUCGAUGAUGUUCAGGUCAACGACAUUUCUCUGGCCGAUUACAUUGGAGUGGUGGCAUCCAAGCAUGCCACUUAUGUGCCUCACACUGCUGGUAGGUACUCUGUGAAGCGGUUCAGGAAGGCCCAGUGCCCCAUUGUUGAGAGGCUCACCAACUCUCUCAUGAUGCACGGUAGAAACAAUGGCAAGAAACUCAUGGCUGUUAGGAUCAUCAAGCAUGCUAUGGAAAUUAUUCAUUUGUUGACUGAUCUGAACCCCAUUCAGGUUAUUGUCGAUGCUGUCAUCAACAGUGGCCCCCGUGAAGAUGCUACAAGAAUUGGUUCUGCUGGAGUUGUAAGGAGACAGGCCGUGGAUAUCUCACCCCUCCGCAGAGUUAAUCAGGCUAUCUAUCUUUUAACAACUGGUGCACGUGAAGCUGCGUUUAGAAAUAUCAAGACAAUCGCUGAAUGCCUGGCUGAUGAACUUAUUAAUGCAGCCAAAGGGUCAUCCAACAGUUAUGCUAUCAAGAAGAAGGAUGAAAUUGAGAGAGUUGCCAAGGCUAAUCGUUGA